AUGUUGUUAUUAGGACCUGAUCAAAAUCAUUCAGAUAUUCCAAUCAGUCACGAUAACGAUGGCAGCAAUAUUCAGCAUACACGUGGUAAUAAAAUUUCCCCCAAAGAUCAAUUUCAUCCUGGUGCACCAGACAGUGAAAAUACUAUUCCUUCAGCCAGUGAAGUAAAUGAAUUCAAUGCUGAAGGACUUGUACGCAUUACUAUUCGUCCAGAUAGUCAUGGACGUUUUGGAUUCAAUGUAAAAGGUGGAAUUGAUCAUGGAAUGCCAGUUAUUGUUAGUCGUGUUGGUACAAAUAUGCCUGCUGAUUUAUGUAUACCAAGAUUAUCAGAAGGUGAUCAAAUUUUAUACAUCAAUAAUAAGGAUGUUUCAAAUCAAACGCAUAUGCAGGUUGUUAAUAUGAUACGAGCAGCUAGUGAACAAUCACAUGGUAGUACACUUGAACUUCUAGUGAAACCGAGUGACUACGUUACAGACGAUGUGAAUGAAGACAAUCCAAUACCAGAUUCUGGGGAUGCACCACCAGUUCCGCCUAGAUCCUAUCAAUCUUCUAUACGUCGACCUACUCUAUCCCUGGAGAAGUUCACUAGAGGCUCGAAACGUUUAGCACGUUUUUCACUUAGAUCAUCAACAUCUCACAAUGUAGCCGAUAGGGAUCAUGACAGUGGUGUUGUACUCAGAAAUUCUUUAUCUGGUUCAAGUUUGUUAGAUUCAAUGAUAGAAUUGGAGACUUUGUUGGCUGAUGGUUCACUGCUGAAUCAAUUCGAACAUUUGCCUAGACGAAAAUCUGGUCUCACUAUGAAUGUGUCUCGGUUAAGUGAAAAUUCAAUAAAGAAUCGUUACCGUGAUAUUUCACCAUACGACCAAACGCGUGUUGUACUAAAACAAGGAUCUGGGGAUUAUAUUAACGCUAGUUUUGUGAAUAUGGAAUACCCCAAAUGUGGAGUUAAUUUACGUUACAUCGCAGCUCAAGGUCCAUUACCUAAUACUUACGGUGAUUUUUGGCAAAUGUGUUGGGAACAACAAGUUUGCUUAAUUGUUAUGCUGACAGCUAUUAGUGAACGUGGUCGAGCCAAAUGUCAUCGUUACUGGCCAGAUCUUAAUCAUACUGUGAAUUUCAAUGUUUCGACAAGUCCUAGGAUUCCUCAACUGCGCAGUUCAACAGAUCUACAGCUGAAAACUAUACGAGAAGAAAUAACUGCAGAUGUUGCUUAUCGGGAAUUCGAUAUCAGCCAGCUGCCUUCAAGUCGCACUUCUUUACAGUCUGUCCUACGAAAAAAUACAGAAACACGUCGUAUCACCCAAUUGCAAUACAUCAGUUGGCCUGAUCAUGGUGUACCAAAUGAUACAGAUCAAUUGAUAUCAUUUGUAGAACGAGUUCAACGAAUCCGUGGAGAAACUUCAUCACCAGUAGUUGUACACUGUUCAGCUGGUAUUGGUCGAACAGGUGUUCUAAUUGCUAUUGAAACUUCAAUCAACUUAAUGGAACGUAAUUUCCCUGUCAAACCGCUGGAAUUAGUUCAACGAAUGCGUGAUCAUAGGGCUAUGUUAAUUCAAACCACUGUAAGUAAAAAUAACAAAUUUAAAUAUUUCAUAUUUCUGUGUUUUGAAUAG